AUGAGCCUGCCGCGGGGCGCGUGGGCCGAGGGCGCGCGGGAGCGCGGGGCGCCGGAGCCGGCGCCGGUCCCGGAGCCCGGCGGGUGCGGGUUCGGCGCGGGGUGGCUGGGCGUGUGCUGCGCCGCGCGCCUGCCCGCCGCCUCGCCGCGCUACCUGCUGCCCGCCGAGGAGGAGGAGGAGGACGCGGCAGAGCGGGGGGGCGGCGCGGCGCGGGGCGGCGGGAGCAGCCCCGGCGGGGCGCGGGGUGCAGCGGCGGCGGCGGUGGUGGGUGGCGGGCGGCCGCGGGGCGGCGGCGGGCCCGGUCUGCGGGCGCAGGUGAGCGGCGUGCAGAAGCAGCGGCGGCUGGCGGCCAACGCGCGGGAGCGGCGGCGGAUGCACGGGCUGAACCACGCCUUCGACCAGCUGCGCAAUGUCAUCCCCUCCUUCAACAACGACAAGAAGCUCUCCAAGUACGAGACGCUGCAGAUGGCGCAGAUCUACAUCAGCGCCCUGGCCGAGCUGCUGCACAGCCCCGCCGCCACCCCUGACACCCCCGGCAAAGCUGAGCACCGCGGGGCUCCCUUCGAGCCGCCCUGCGCCGCCGCGGCCGGGCCGCCGCCGGCGCCGCCGCCGGGGCCGCCCAGAGCCUCGCCUCCUGGGCACGGCAGGACUCGCUUUCCUCCGCCGCCGGCCGCGGGCGGGUACUCAGUGCAGCUCGACCCGCUGCACUUCCCCUCCUUUGCCGAGGGCGCCCUGAUGGGACAGAGAGCCCCUUCCCCCGCCCUCCUCAUGCCACAACCCGGGCAGCCGCCGCAGGAGAGGAGCAAAACGUCGCCCCGGUCCCACAGGAGCGAUGGGGAGUUCUCGCCCCGCUCCCACUACAGUGACUCGGACGAAGCCAGCUAG